AUGAAGUUUCCGACCAGUCAGCUUCAACAGAUCCAUCUUGGGGUCUCCCCGCAUGGGUACGAACCAGUGACUUCAUAUGAGGGCGACGCAUCCAUCUACAGCAAAGAACACGAGACGGUUCAGGCCACCCUCCUGCGCUUCUGUCCGGCACAUAUUUAUUAUAAAGGAUCGAAUGAGGCUUCCUGCCCCCGGCCUAUACUCGUCACGAUCCAACAUCUGCAACAGCUUGAGCGGUUCCAUGGUGCUCUGACUGCGGCUAUCAGUGAUAUUGUAGAACGGUGGUGGACAGAUGUAGACGCUCGGUUCCCCGAGCGCAUGCCUCUGGAGAGAGAGGAAGAAGAUCUUCUACGGUGGCUUCAGAGCCAACGUUCCCACAACGGGGUUCCUUACAGGGAUCGCCUGGGUUCAUGGAGACCGGACUUUAUGGUCGAGGAUAGACCUAAAAAUGAAUUUGGUAGGUCGGUGGAAGCAUUUCGUCUAACUGAGAUCAAUGCGCGGUUCUGCUUCAAUGGGUUCAUGCACCAGGCAUACGGACAGGAAGCGUUAUCGGAUCUCGGCGUGGGGCGGAAUGGGAUCAUCCAUGCGACGGAUUCUUCUAAGAUCCUCGGCGGGUUGCUCAGUCUAUUCCAGCCCGACCGUCCAUUACAUUUACUCAAGGGCGAUGAACCGGGAAUCGACAUCCACAUGUUCGUGGAAUUUGUGCAUCGUCAUGUAGGAAUCAAACCGCGACUCAUCACUCCCGACGAUCUGAGACUGGUACCGGAUGCUGAAAUCCCAGGAAAAUACAAGCUCUGCUGCCUGGUAGACCACCCCCAGAAUACCCCCGCUAUUGACGAGUCUUCUGUACUAGUCACUAGCGAAGGCGAAGCAGUGGAAGAAAUCCACCAGGUAGGCUUAGAACUUCACCAGCGCGAACUAUUUGCCCUAUCGACUGAGAUGCGCCGCCAAAUCAGUCUCCGCUGCUUCAACGACAUGCGCACUGUGCUUCUCGUUCACGACAAGCGGAUGCUCGGCAUCAUCCAGCAGGAAAUCCCGACGCUGGUGGCACGGGAUGUGUUGAGCCCUGAGCAGGGCGAGGCCCUGAAGAGAGGGAUCGCACAUACUAUUAUUCCUGGAUCUUCGGAGCUGAAUGAGCUGGUUCAGAUGUCCAAGGAUUAUCCCGAGAGAAAGAAUGAGUAUCUACUCAAGCCAAUUCGGGGAGGCAAAGGGGCGGGGAUCGUCUUUGGCGACGAAAUAAGCCCGUCGAAGUGGCUAUCAAUUCUCGAGGAUCUUCGAAAUCCACAAUUGGUUCCUGGGACCCCCAGCUUCGUGAUCCAGCGUCGCAUCUGGCCGCGUUUGUAUGAUGUCGUCUUGAAAUCCUCUGGGGAACAAGACUCCCAACAACCCAGCCAUGUUCGUGACGUGCAUGACCGUCUCACCCGCCACGGGAUCCUCAAGAUCAGCCUGGGUUUCCCAGACGACAAGAGCCAGUACCUCGAGCAUCUGAUCGUCAGUCUACACAAAUACCAUGACCACGGCCUGCCCAUCACCCACAGCGCAUCCCGUGGCUGGUUCUGGGAUGUCCGCCCCAGUGAUACGACCUUCCAGACGGAAAACCACCAAGCCCGAUCAGAAACCAUGCAGGAGUUCCCCUGGCAUACCGACUGCAGCUACGAACACGCCCCACCACAGUUCUUCGCCCUUCACGUUCUCCACCCAGAUCGGUACGGCGGCGGCACUCUCUCCGUCAUGAAGGUCGAACAGCUCAGCGACUUCCUCUCCCCCGCGACCAAAGCCACCCUCCUGGAACCGGAGUUCCGCAUCACCAUCCCGCCGGAGUUCGUCAAGCUGACUGAUCGGCGCCACAUUGUCGGUAGUUUACUUGCCGUCGAUGCGCAGGAUCAAUCCGUUAAGGUCCGAUUCCGAGAGGAGAUUGUCACGCCCCUGAGUAAUCGCGCCACGAUGGCGCUGAAUGAGCUGAAGGAUGCCCUGCGUACCCUCGAGGCGUCGGCACGGUCAACUAUCCAUCUCACUGCGGCUGAGCUGCCGGAGCGGUCCAUUGUGCUCCUGGAUAAUCAUCGGUGGCUGCAUGCGCGGAAUGGCAUCAAGGAUCCGCUGCGGCAUCUGCGGAGGGUGCGGUGGAAUGCGAUUCCAUUUCCAACCAGAGUAUAG